UUCAAAAGUAAGGCGCGCGUCACUGAGGUUUUAUCAACGCGUAAAAAAGUACGAGUAUGAACAAAAAAAAAAUAAAUAAAUAAAUAAAGUAAGGUCCAAACAUCACAAAAUUCUUAGAUUAAUUAAUAGAAAAGCGAGAACAAAAGCGUUCAUUGUUGAAUUUCAGGUUAUAUGUAUUACGUACUGAAGGCGCCUCCCCUAUAUAUGAUAAUACGUGUCUAUAUUCUAGAUACAAAGAUCUUUCACUAUAUUAAAGUCAAAGAAAGCAAAUGAACCAAUAUUGUAGUCUAUAUAUAAAAAAUACAAUACGAUAUACAAUGUAUUGUCUAUAUAUAUAAUAUAAGACAUACUCUCUUUCAACCAUUUUACAAACCAUUUCUUAUUUUACUUUAUUAAUAUAUAACAUUUAGCAGCUAAAGAACUAGCUAUAGUUGGUUACUCCAAUUUCUCUAUAGCUAUACACAAUUUAUAUACAUCAAAUACCAUGGCAGAUCAUCAGAGAAUCCACCCAGCUAGAGAUGUAGAAGCGCCGGCAACGGCAGAGGUUCCUUUGGUCCCACAUGGAGCCACUAAGUCCCACCACGGCGACCCGGCCGCCGGGACAACAGAGCCAUACCCAGCUCCAUUCCGCCGAACCAUUCCAAUGACACAAUCAAAACCACCGAAGAAGCGAAGAAGCUGCCUAUGCAGAUUCCUCUGCUGGAUAAUCUCCCUAAUCACUUUUCUUAUAAUAGCCGUAGCCAUAGCCGGAGGAAUCCUUUACCUGGUGUUCCGACCAAAGCUGCCUAAGUACACGGUGGACAAGCUCCAGAUAACGCAGUUCAACAUGGGAAACGAUCAGAGCCUUUCGGCGACAUUCGACGUGACGAUCACUGCAAGAAAUCCUAACAAGAAGAUCGGGAUUUACUACGAGAGUGGGAGCAGGAUUAGCGUGUGGUACGAGGGUACAAAGCUGUCGGAGGGUGCUCUGCCUAAGUUCUACCAAGGGCAUCGCAACACGACGCUGCUGGUGGUGGCACUGUCCGGGCAGACUCAGAACGCGUCAGGGCUUUUGGGUUCUGUUCAGCAGCAGCAGCAGCAGAUUGGGUAUAUCCCCAUCCUUCUUAGGGUGAGGCAGCCUGUGAGAAUCAAGCUGGGGAAACUCAAGCUUUUCAAGGUCAAGUUCUUGGUGAGGUGCAACCUCGAUGUCGAUAGUCUCUCCCCAAAUAAUAAUAUUAGAAUUCGUAAUAGUAGCUGUAAGUUUAGGUUCAGGUUAUAGAUUACAUUCUCUCUCUAAUCUCUGUUACUAUUCUACACGUCUUUCCUUAUACACAUUUACAGUGUUUUCUCCCUAUUUUUUUUUUCUCCCAUGAUAUGAUGAUUAUAUAGCCUAUAUAUAUACAUUUAUUUUUUUAUUUAUUUGGGAUAUUUCCCCUUUACUUGGAUUAUUGUUGAUUGCUGUUUGCACCUUAUAUUAUAUAUACCAAUACAAUACAUUAUAUGUGUUUGCGUGUUC